CGGCUCUUUUUCUUUCUCCUAUCCUCUACCCGGCCGAAGGACUAUCCUGACUAACACCAUGGCGAAUGUUGUCGACACCAAACUAUAUGACAUUCUUGGCGUGUCGCCUUCUGCCACCGAGAAUGAACUGAAGAAGGCAUACCGGAAACUGGCAAAAGAAUAUCACCCAGACAAGAACCCAAAUGCUGGCGACAAGUUCAAAGAAAUCAGCUUUGCAUAUGAAGUGCUGACCAAUCCAGAGAAGAAGGAACUGUAUGAUCGCUAUGGGGAGCAAGGCUUGCGGGAAGGAGGUGGGGGUGGUGCAGGGAUGGAUGACAUUUUCUCCCACAUCUUUGGCGGUGGCCUCUUUGGCUUCAUGGGCGGUCAAGGGAGUCGCAGUCGGAAUGGAGGUCGGCGGAGAGGAGAGGACAUGGUCCAUCCUCUGAAGGUGUCCCUCGAAGACCUUUACAAUGGGAAAACCACCAAACUACAACUUAGCAAAAAUGUUCUCUGUGGCACUUGUAAUGGGCAGGGCGGCAAGACAGGCGCUGUACAAAAGUGUGUGACCUGCAGGGGACGGGGCAUGCGCAUCAUGAUCAGACAACUGGCCCCAGGCAUGGUUCAACAGAUGCAGUCUGUUUGCACAGACUGUAAUGGCGAAGGUGAAGUGAUCAGUGAGAAGGAUCGCUGUAAGAAAUGUGAGGGAAAGAAGGUGAUAAAGGAGGUAAAGAUUCUGGAAGUACAUGUGGACAAAGGCAUGAAGCACGGCCAGAAGAUCACCUUUGGAGGGGAGGCUGACCAAGCACCAGGAGUUGAGCCUGGAGAUAUCGUACUUGUCUUGCAGGAAAAGGAGCAUGAGACGUACAGACGAGAUGGCAGUGACCUGCACAUGGUCCACAAGAUUGGCCUGGUGGAGGCACUUUGUGGCUUUCAGUUUACACUCAAACACUUAGACGGCAGACAGAUAGUAGUCAAGUACCCGGUUGGCAAAGUAAUUGAGCCAGGCUCGGUGAGGGUGGUGAGAGGGGAGGGUAUGCCCCAGUACCGCAACCCUUUUGAAAAGGGAGAUCUGUAUAUCAAGUUUGAGGUCCAGUUCCCUGACAACAACUGGAUCAGCCCCGAGAAACUCAUGGAGCUGGAAGACCUGUUGCCCUCUCGAUCAGAGGUACCAGUCAUCAGUGGUGACACGGAGGAGGUUGACCUGCAGGACUACGAUGUCAGCCAGAGCUCAACAUCUGGGGGCCGCAGAGAAGCAUACAACGACAGCUCAGAUGAGGAGGGUGGGCACCACGGUCCAGGGGUGCAGUGUGCCCACCAGUAGUGUUGUGGGUGCCAGCAAGCAAACACACACAGACACACACAUACAAACACACGCACAUCAAUCCGCCUUGGAGUUGCACAGCAGAGUAAACAAGUUUGUGGUUAAGACUUAAUAGCCUUGGUAGUUCCUCCAAACAUGGAUUUAAACAAAACAAAAAAAAGUGGACUAAAUGAAACCUGAAAUGAGGGUUAAUGGAAUCUGUUGGCUAUUGUUGUUUUCAGUGCUUUGUUCAGUUUGAUCAUAGACACCUGGUCAUAACACCUGGGCAGCUGACUUGUUACAGCAUAUUUGAAAAAGGUUCCAAUAUUUGAAGUAGAAGUUCUUGUGUUUUUUUUUACCCCCCCCCCCUUAUUCAAAUCGUGUAAAAAUGUCAAUUGUAAGAGAGGAAAAAAAGAUAGUCAUCCUCGAAUUUUUCAUACAUUUGAAAUGCAGUAAGGGAAUCAGCAGUUUCCCCAGGUCUUCUGGAUUAAGGUUCCCAGGUAAUGUCAUAUCUAACUAGGGAAACUGACCUCUCCCCUCAUCUGGUCUGGAGUUCAUGGGGAAAUACCCCCCCCCCCUUCCUAAAGGUUAUUUUAUGCUUGGUAGCGCAACAGAAAUUAAGUGAAUUAUGUGUCCGGUGAUAUAGCAUUGAUACUUUGUUGAAGAGUUCGUCGUCUCAGUGGUAACAAAAGACUGUCCAACGUGGCAAUAAGUUUGGCUUUCCACUUUCCCGCUUUUUGGCUGUGUAAGCAGUCUGUGCUAUGGUCUUUUCAAAGUGUACAAUGAAAGAAACGUCUAGAGCAACAUUUUUUGUGUCACAUGUAUCAAAAAGUCAUCAUUUCUGUCAGGUAACCAAGCAUAAAUUAAUUUUGUCCACUAAACCUCUACUCCCUGUUUUCCCAUAAUGAACUCCCUGCCAGUUUUCUGUCCUUACCUUACAUUCCCUAGAUGGAAUUUCAGAUCAGAUGUCAAGACCUGUUUGCUCAAGUGUGUGACUUUCAUAUUGUUUUCAUAGUAUUUUAGAGUUAAUUUAAAAACUAACCAAUGUGCAUCUACGGAAAUGCAGCCGAGGGACUGAAACGAAGAGCCCUGGACUUUCAUUCAUUCUUUAUUCACUCGGCACCAUUCUGGGGAUUUGAUAAUGUAUCUCAACUUGAUUUUUACUCUUUUUUUUUCUUUGUAUGUUUUACUUGUUUUUCCUUCUAUAUAUUUUAAAUUGGGACAAGAAUAUUGAAUAUUGUGUAUAAUUCAAUGGAACUGCUUGUUAGUACAUAUGAUCAGCUGCUGUGGUCAAACUGGUGCGAAUAUCAACAAGAAAAAAAAGAACGAAUCUGACCAAUAAGUGGCCUGUGCUUGAGACCAUGUGUGUGCAUUGGUUCCUGCACUGAUUCAGUCAAUUGAUUGGAUAAAAGUUAACAAAGCAGUACACUUAUGGAAAAAGUUUAUGAAGUUGUUCAAUAAAAUGUUCAAAUAUCAAUAUCA